CUUAUUGUCAUAGUGACUGAGAAGCAGAAAUACAACUCCUGAAAAUGCCACUUCGCCCUAUUAUGCAUAAUGCUCGAUUCGAAGCGAUUGAACAGAAAUCCAACAAGAAUGGUCUCAGAAGUACUGUUUUUUUUGUGAAUGGUGAUGAGUAUAGAGGUGAAUGGAAGGACAACAAGCGCCAUGGUCGAGGUAUAUACAAAUGGGGAAAAACAAACCUUAUUUACGAAGGCGAUUGGGAAAAAAAUAGACGAAGUGGCUCUGGAGUUCUCAGCGUUAAGUGUCAGAAUGAAAAACAAGUUAAUAUCUACUCAGGCUCCUGGAAAAAUGAUAAACGACAUGCAAGUUAUGUUUCUAAUACCAGUAACGCCUUCCAAGGGUUAUGGAAAGAAUUGGUAUUCGGAAAAUGAAAUAUACGAAGGUGAAUGGUGCGACGGAAAGCGUUCUGGGUGGGGGCGAAUGUAUUACGCUGAUGGGAGUAUUUACGAAGGACAAUGGUUUAACGACAAACGACAUGGAGAUGGAAUGCUUAGAUUAGCAAAGGAAAACAGGUUCGAAGGACAGUGGUUAAAUGACAAAAAGAAUGGGAGAGGAAAAUACUUCUUUCUUAAUACUGGUCAGUUAAUGGAAGGGGUAUGGUGUGAUGAUGUGCCCAAAACCUCUCAAAUCGUAGAUCUUGGUAGAGAGGUAGCAAGGAAUUCAACAGAAUCUGAAAUACCAGAGCGUCAUUGUUCGUAUUAUCAUCAUCAUUGCCUUUGUCACAGAGUGGCACUAAUGGUCUUUCAGUUGAUGUCAAACCCUGAAGGAAAAUACCCUGUGACCAACCAAUUGAUUACUUUUACUAAUUUUAUUUUCUCACAACUUUUGCUCGACAUAUUACACGUGUAUGUACUACUUUGUAAAAACAUUUAUGUCGUGUUUUGUUAUUUUCACCGGUUUGUAUGCUAAAUUAUCGCGACUAGUCAGUUGAGAAUGAUAACAGUCGGUUACUGUUGCAACACUUUAAUAAACUAUUUGCAUUUAACUGUACUGUAAUGGUGAUCGGUGUAUCACGGUGUAAUGCACUAAGG